GCAAGAAAAGGAUGAGUCGAGUAAAGGAAAAGAACCUACACCAUCAGUCAAAAGGACAGAUGUGCAGUUCUUUGAGUUAGUGGACAAUAAAGAAGGUCAAUUCAUAAGAACAACAAUUAAAGAAAAGGUAUUAGAUAUGGAGGAUUGUUUAAAGAUUAAAAUAGAAACUGAACAAGAGAUCUUUGAUAUAAGAAAUUUACGAAAAUGA